CUUCGUGUUUUGCUGGGACUGAUAGUGCCCGUGUUUGUUGACAAUUUCCUUAAAAGUAAUACGACGUUGUUUGGCCGUUAAAUAUGUGUUGAAUUUGGAUUCUGAGUCACUUGUCCUGUCACUACGAUAAAGGACACAGAAUAUUCGAGAUACAAAGGACUGAAUCUCAGCAGGAAUCCCGUGGCGAAUUCUUCCGGAAAUGUCUUCGCAUAGUAAACAUAACUUACACUCCCAUGCAAAGAGACUGUUCCGCUGUUUUAGCGACAGUACCCAAUUAAACGAAGAUGACAUCCAUCGAAUCUACUAUCUCGACCUGAGAGGCAUCCUGAACGACGAGAAGGCUCUCAGGUCGUUUCAUUCUUACUUACGAAACAAGCACACAGGUGAUCCGUCCGAAGUGAAACAAUUGUUGGAUAUCCACAGCCGAGUCAAGGAGCUGAUAAUGGAACAGAGGCUAGUCAGCGAUGAUGAAGUAGAAGAGUUAAGUGAUCUCGGUCUACCCUAUGAUAAGGAGAAACGUUUAUCGCGGUCGAGAAGCGUUGAUAGCACGAGGCAUUGUCUGGUUGAUAUCCAAGAGGAGUGCGAAAAAGAAAUCGAGUUGAACUCGUCGUACAAGCAAUUCAAGGAGGCUCUGCUGCUUAAGGUAAAACGAGGAUAUCAUCACAAAUAACGACGAAGACCCGCAAGGCGGACGAGAUAGUUUUCUGCACUUGGAGGAGUUUUUAUUCUGAACCAAGUUCCUUACUUUUUUCACAAACAAGUGCACUUAGUGGAGAUGUCCGUCUUGCCGUGUAUGAUUGGGGGUUGAUAUUUAAUGGAACAAAAAACGUAGAGGUGCUUAAAAUCAUUCGUGUUACUCAUCCAGUGGAUAUUAUUUUGCAGAGGUAUCUAAUGUUAAACUGUUACCCAUAGAACUUAAGUUACUUAACUUCAUUGGCUUAGUGUAUUUGCUUUUUUGUAUACAAACUGCUCAGUGAUUUUUGUUUAUUUUAAGCGAAUAAAUUAUUUGAUAGAAUUUCAAGAAA